GAAGUUACCGCUCUCGCUCCUGGUGUUGCGCUCUUGACGACGUCGGCGCUUGACGUCGCGGCGCAAGAUGUUAUUUACGAUGAACACGAGAGCCUGCCAAUGAUGCGAACGCGCCCGCUGGGCUAGAACGGAGUUCUCACUAUUUGGGAUUGACGAAGCCCACUCUGCUUGUUGUGACAAUUCAAAAAGAAAGCCUGUUCACGUUUGUAUCUCGCACAUCGAGGAUGCUUUGAUGGAGCCGAGGGACGCCGGAGAGGGUGUCACCGCGCUGCGGGGUCUGAACUCGCAACAGGACGGGCGCCCGAUCCUAGCGUCACGUUAGCCUGCUAGCGUGGUGAUGCAGCGCUGACUGGGAUCGUACUCGGAGCGGCUCGCCGCCGGACUCCCAUCAUGGCGACCAGCGGCGGCGAUCUGACGACGCCGAUGGGGGAAAUCAUCCAGCUGAACGUGGGUGGGACGCGUUUCAGCACGUCCCGACAGACUCUCACGUGGAUCCCAGACUCCUUCUUCUCGAGUCUGCUGAGUGGAAGAAUAUCCACACUUCGGGAUGAAACUGGAGCUAUAUUUAUUGACCGAGACCCCGCAGCUUUUGCGCCAAUUUUGAAUUUCCUCCGUACCAAAGAUCUUGACCUGCACGGCGUCAACGUCAGCGUUCUGCGGCACGAAGCCGAAUUUUACGGCAUCACCCCCUUAGUGCGACGCCUCCUGCUGUGCGAAGAGUUGGAGCGCUCGUCGUGCGGCAGCGUUCUUUUCCACGGAUACCUGCCGCCUCCAGCCAUCCCUGGCAGGAAGUUAAGCUCCGCCUCCUCCUGCGACGAGCGUCCGGGUCCCAGCGGAGCGGAGGGGUUCAGCUACGUCGGCGCCCCUCCCGCCCCUCCUUUCCCUGACUCGCCCGGACUAGAUGAAGCUCAUAAACCCGGUCCGGACCCUCGCAAAGUGCUGAUCAUAGCGGGACACCACAACUGGAUUGUGGCGGCGUACGCACACUUUGUCAUCUGCUACAGGAUAAAGGAAUCUACCGGAUGGCAACAAGUGUUCUCCUCUCCAUGCCUCGACUGGACCAUCGAACGCAUCGCGCUGAACGCCAAGGUGGUGGGCGGCCCGCACGGGGACAAGGACAAGAUGGUGGCCGCCGCCUCCGAGAGCAGCAUCAUCCUCUGGAGCAUCCAAGACGGAGGCAGCGGCAAUGAGAUCGGCGUGUUCAGCCUCGGCGUGCCGGUGGACGAUCUCUUCUUCAUCGGAAACCAGCUGGUAGCCACCAGCCACACCGGGAAGGUCGGAGUGUGGAACGCUGUAACGCAGCACUGGCAGGUUCAAGAUGUUGUCCCCAUCACCAGCUGCGACACAGCCGGAUCCUUCCUGUUACUGGGCUGCAACAAUGGCUCCAUCUACUACAUUGACAUGCAAAAGUUUCCGCUGAGGAUGAAAGACAACGACCUCCUAGUGACGGAGCUUUAUCACGAUGCGUCAAACGACGCCAUCACCGCGUUGUCCGUCUACCUCACGCCAAAAACCAGUGUGAGCGGGAACUGGAUCGAGAUCGCCUACGGGACCAGCAGCGGCGCAGUGAGAGUCAUCGUGCAGCACCCGGAGACGGUCGGUUCGGGCCCUCAACUCUUCCAGACGUUCACGGUGCACAGGAGCCCCGUGACCAAGAUCAUGUUGUCCGAGAAACACCUGGUCUCGGUGUGCGCCGACAACAACCACGUCCGCACGUGGACGGUGACGCGCUUCCGAGGGAUGAUUUCCACCCAGCCGGGCUCCACGCCCUUAGCGUCCUUCAAAAUACUCUCCUUGGAGGAAACGGAGAGCCACGGCAGCUACUGUUCCGGGAACGACAUCGGUCCGUUCGGAGAGCGAGACGAUCAGCAGGUGUUCAUCCAGAAGGUGGUCCCCAUCACCAACAAGGUGUUUGUGAGGCUCUCGUCCACUGGGAAAAGAAUCUGCGAAGUGCAGUCGGUGGACGGCACCACCAUCUCUUGCUUCAUGGUGCGGGAGUGCGAGGGGUCCAGCCGGAUGGGCUCGCGACCUCGCCGCUAUCUGUUCACCGGUCACGGCAACGGCAGCAUCCAGUUGUGGGACCUGACCACCGCCAUGGACACGGCCAACAAAGGAGAGGAGAAGAAGAAAGAGGAUGUCGGCGGCCCCACCGAAGAGGAGCUUCUGCAGCUGCUGGACCAGUGCGACUUGAGCGCGUCCCGAUGCGCCACGCCCAACAUCAGCCCCGCGCCGUCGGUCCUGCAGCACACGCGCCUCAGAGAAUCUUGCUCAAGUGUGCAGUUGCAGGUUCAGGAAGCCGUUCCUGAGAACCAGGUGACCUACGGAGCCGUGCGGCCGUACCGGGAGAGCCCCCUGCUGGCCCGGGCCAGACGAACAGAGUCCUUUCACAGCAACAGAGACUUCCAGAACUUCAGCCUGAGUCGAGGGAUCCUGGACAGCUCGGAUGAGUGCGCCGGUCAGCCCGCGGACGCCCGCCGCUCCCUCUGCGACUUCGGCUCCGACGAGAGCGAGAGGAGGCCGUCUGCCAUGGAACUGUGGAGUUGCCGCAGCAACGUCGUCAACAACGGUGCCGGCAGGACCAAGUCCGACAGCGCCGGUCAGGAACCUCCACGGCAGCCUCCCGACAGCCCGGUCCCCGGGGGAGGCGACGUCAGACGGAAAGCGCACCCGCAGCCCGAGGACGGGGACGGCGUGGGGGGGGCCGGAGACGGGGCGAAGGCGGAUGGCGGCGCGAAGAAGAGGGGAGUGCUGGACGUGGGCUUUCUGGGGAGGAAGCGGGCACCCCCGGUCCCACACCUAUCCUCGGGGUCCGAAGGCGGGGGCGGCGACUCCCCCCCUAACGUCUCGCCUUCCCCCACCAAAUUGACUUCCUGCACCUCGCCACGACACAGGAAGCUCACGGCCGAGUCGUUCAAUCAGGACGGCGGCCUGUGACCCGAAUCCUUCCACGGUCCAAAAACACGUGAGUGCGGAUGUUGAGUGACUCUGUGAUCGAACGAUCAGUCUUCUCAAAUACUAAGGCUGGGUUUACACUGCCUAGACCAGAGUUGCAAAAUUCCCCGAGGUUGGAAACUUUCCAUGGGAAAGAAAGACAAUUUAUGGGAGUAAAACAGGAAUUUUGAAAAUUUUAAUUGACCUCAAUUCUAGUUUAUUCCCAUACUUCUCUUGGUGAGCUCCCAAUUUGAAAUACAGAGAAGUCACUCUGGACAUACUAAGCCCACCCCCGGCAACCUCGCACACAACGCCCGAUGUCGUUGGAUGUCGGAAGUUAAUCAAGGUCAGCCCAUGAGUAAGCAUCCAAAUCUUAAAAAGUUGAUGAUUCCCUAUAGACGCCACAAGAUCCGUGUAAACCAAACUCAUUUUUGUCACGGGCCACAUUGUACUUGUGGUUUUCCCCCAAAGGGGCGUUAUGGCUGUGAAAUGAUAAAAAUCUUAAAUCGCCUUAUCAUAUUUACACAUGAAAUGUAUUAACUAGUUUUGGAAUCAGAAAUCAAGCGUAAAGGUUUUUUCCAGCUAUUGUUGCUUGUAAUAGCUCAAUGUUAUCAUUUAAGAUAUUACAAUUUGAAAUUUUGGUACUGAUUUGAAUAAAAAAAAAAAAUCAUGUGAUACACAUAAUUUCCUUCUGCGGGCCACGUAAAAUCAUGCGCCGGGCCAGACCUGGCCCCCGAGCCUGGGGUUUGACACCUGUGGUGUAAAGACAGCCAUAUCGUCAAUGUGAGGGUUCAAAUUGUAGCUGGAAGUAGAAUCAGAUAGCAACAGUAAAUUGGGAUUGCGCGCCUGGCUUUGCGGUGUAAACCCAACUGGACUCACCUCCAGAUUUCCCGUGACCCUGAACCGGAUGAAUGGAUAAUAGUGGAAACAGCAACGUAACAAACUGGAGUCAAAUGGUACAAAAACAAAACAUUCCCAUUAAAGUGAAUCUAUAAUAUUAGCGUAGAUAUUUAGAUCAAUGUAAUACUGUUUUUUACUGAAGGUAAAAAAAAAAAAAAAAAGAGUCGCAGUAGUGUUAGUUACGCAAGAGUCGAGAUGCACAUCAGCUCCGCACACAAAGACAAGUUCGCCACACGGCGACGGACGAGAUACACGCGUCUGCUUCCUGCUUCCACCAUUUAUUUAUCGCUCACAUUUUCGUCGUUGCGUCGCCAUGCACGUGCAAAGCAUGCAUUAUGUAUAAAAAUACACACUGCAUAGUACGUCGAGUGUAAUGUCACACGUGUUGCCGAAACAUUCUUGCGAUAGUGUAUAUUUAAAACACGUUUACUACUCCCUAAUAACUGCCACGUUCUUUUAACUAAGCAUUUUUCCACAGCAGUGCCUGCCUGCGCAUGAUUACACAGAUUAUGUCUAUUUUUACAGUUUCACAAGGACCCUCCACUACAUCACCACCACGUUUUUUGUCUCCUCUUGUGUGUGCCUUAACCAGCUUGUUUUGACACUUGUCAGCCUGUUGCUUUAAAAAGACGACAAUACGGCGUCACGUCACCGGAAUGACGUCAGCGGGACUUGGAUCAAUUGAAGAAAAAAGAUCAUGCGCGACAUCCUCAGUAACGCAAAACAAAUUGGCGCAGUUAAAAGACGAAAUGCAAAUGGAAAAUAAUCCAAAUGAAAUCCUGCUACGAUGGGCCUGAUAAUCUUGUGAUGUGUACUGUUGAGAAUCAUAGAAAUAUAUAAACAGUAUACUGUAUAACUAUUGGACCUGACUGCAUUUGCACUACGAAACACAUACUUUUUAUUUUAUAUACGAGUAUAUAAUAAAUGUAUCAAUGUGUUAGCGUUUCAGUUGCUCUCUGGUUGUGUUUACAUGACGAA